GUUCACCGUUCACCGUUCACCCGGACAGUGCGUCUUUAUACGUUCGUAAUAGCCGGAUUAUAAAAAUAAGACCGAUUGCGAGUUGCGUUAAAAUUAACAUUGCCUUAGAAUUUCGGGGGAUUGUUGUUAUCGCCAUCGAACGAGUGUUCAGAACACAUUGUUCGUAGAAGAAGUCUGUUACGCGACUCGUUCUAUCUGAAAUUUAGCUCCGUCUUGAAUUCAUUAACCUGGUAAAAUUUCAUCGAGACUGUCGGGCAUACCUCUUCACCUCAAGACGUGUCUGCAAAAGUGCUUUUCCUCCACAGUGUGUGGAUCGGUAACGACGUAUCCGGAGAUAUCAAAAUAGUAAAAUAACGAAAAUUGAACGGUCGAUAAAAAAAAGCGAAUACCGUGUCUAGUUGGAGUGCAGUGAUAAAGGGAAUAUACAAAAUAUUAGAUUAAAGCCAAUAAUGCGUGAAAGAUGUAUGCCAUGAGUACCUGUUGUAGACGGUGGUUGUUGUUAUCGAUCAUUGGAUCAGCCAUCAUCGUCAGUAUCGUAGCAGCUACCGACGACGGAAGCAAUGACAAAAUAUCAGAUCCUCCUCCCGUCGCAGAGCUGAUCAAGCCCAAAGUCGUUCCUAACGAUGCAAAGGACAUCCUCGGGGAUCGGCCGAUCUCAUCCCCUGGCGAUACGGUCGACGAGCUUUCUAAAAAUGAUAAAGUCGAAUCGAUUGAGGGAACGAAGAAUGAUAGUAGGGUGGUAGCCGAUUUAGAGAAAAAGGCUCAUUCUAAGGGUCGUGCCUUGCAAGGAAGCGACGUCGGGGUGUUCGCCGUACCGGAUGGAAUGAGCCACGGAAAGCCGGAUGUAACGAAAAAUUCGCUGCACGGUAACAUAACGGACUUGAGUGACGUCAGCAUGGAUUACGAUGACAAGGAUAUCGAAGGCGGCGAGUAUUUGGCAAUCGCGAGGAACGUCACGGAAGAAACGGGAACCACCUGCAGCUAUGGAAAUCAAACAUUUUCACCGGGUGCCGUGAUCAGGAGAGGAUGUAGCGAGAAAUGCGUUUGCGGAAAGGAGGGCAAAAUUCAAGAUUGCCAACCGAUCGUCUGUUCGCAUCCGUUUUUUCGAGCCGGCAGAGUGAUAGAGGAUCCCUUGUGCGGGGAAAAGUUGACACAUGAAGAACCUUGUUGCGCCCUUCUCGUCUGUUCUCAAUUAGAUUCGGAACCUGAACCGGAAGAAUUGUGCUACCUGGGAGACCAGACCGUUCAGAGAGGAGAGACCAUCCAAGACGGAUGCUCGAGAGUUUGCGUAUGCGAGGCGCAGGGAGAACUCAAAUGCCGACCGAGGUGUACAGAGGGUUCGGUAUCCGAUUCGAUGACAACGAUGUCCGGAUCGAGGGCUACUCAACGAGACAAAUGCGUACGGGUACCAGACCCUAAGGACUCGUGUUGCACGAUCGUCCUUUGCGACGUCACCCUCGGUGAUCACGAAAUUAAAUCCGACGCCUACGUGAACCUCACCAGGACAGAGGCGAUAAAUUCGACAGCCGUUAGACUCACUUUUUCCAACAAUCUGACCUCCGAUCAACUCGUUACGGUCGAAAUGUCGACGGAUAAUCUCAUCUGGAAGGAAGUAAAAGUCGGCAAAGAUGGCGUGAUAGGAGGUUUGGCACCGUCUUCCACCUACUACAUUCGGAUGCACGGAGACACGGACGGAGUCAAUCGUCUGGAAGAAAUGCGAGUAACGCUUCCCGAAGCGGCUAAAAACGGCUCGGUGUCCACCGCGUCGACUUCAUCUUCGAUGAACGCGACGCCAUCGUCUCUCCAAAAUCUCGACGACGCGGUCUGCUUUCACCGUGGGAAGUCUUACAAAAUCGACGCCGAGUGGUACGACGAGUGCAUAUCAUUUUGCACGUGCAGUCGCCCCGGUGUCGGCGUAGCACCGACGACGGAAUGCGCUACGAUCGAGUGCCCGACGGAUUUCGGACUGGACGUUCUGGACCCUCAUUGUCUCGACUGGGAGAUGGUCCCCGCUGAUUUCGUGCCUGUUGCGCCGCGCUGUUGUCCUCAGGAAGUGAGAUGUAGAAACAACGGUUCGUGUCUCUACGAGGGUUCGAUGUACAACAACUGGAGCGAAAUACCAACUAACGUUACCGGUUGCGAGAAACGCUGCUAUUGCGAAAUGGGGAAUGUCUCGUGCCAGGCGGCUUGUCCUCCGGUUCCGGCAUUGCCACCGGCCAAUCUCCUCUGUCCACCGGCACAUGCGGUCUUGACGCACCUUCCCGAGGACGAUUGCUGUUUGUACUGGGGUUGCGGCAAUCCGGCGAACGGUUCUUCCUUACCCGCGACGAUCGGGAGGAACGUAACGUCAAGAUUUCCAGGACCGUUAGCCUCAGAUUUAAUUGAUCAGCUGCAGUCGAUUGACGAUAACAGAAAAAUGACCGCUCAGGGGUCGGGGCAUCGGUACGGAACGGUACCCGGUCGAGGGGCAUACGAUCCCGAACGUCUGAAUAUCGACGCAAAAUUGAAACCUGACGAGACCGACCGCGAAAACGGACAACUUCACUACCCGAUGGACCCUGGGCAUCCGACGACGACGACGACGACGACGACGACGACGAAAACCACGACGGUCAAGACCACCCCGCCACCGUACUACGGACCCUACGAUCCGAAUUACAAACCUACCGAACCUUUGAUCGAAAACGUCUUCCGACUGACUCCGAAUGAGUACGCACAGAAACCGAAAACCGAACCAAAGAAAUCUCACGAGACCGGUAAGCCCGUCGGACCGACGAAAGACACCGUCCUCGCAAACGCGGACGUGUUAAGAUUCGACUCGAUGCCGAUAACGGAGAAAAAGCCAUCGGCGAAUUCCUCGUCGCAUUACGCAACGGAACCUGCUUUCACCCCCGCUAUCCCGUUCUACCGUUACAAUCACUCGUUCGCUAAUCCCGAUGAGGAUCGCAAAGCGUUCGCACCCCAAAACGGGGGUGAAAACGUCGCGGCCGUCCCCCACUUCCGGUAUCACACCGAAUACGACCAAAUUCACCGAGUGGUCGGCCCUACGGGGCAGCUGAUCGAAGAUCAGAAUACGAUCGCGCCUGUAGAUCGUAAAAAAGUUAACAUAAAUCCGCAAGCUCCGAACAAACCGUCCGAUCAAGCGUAUGCUUUUGGCGGUUCUAUUAGACCACCGCAAGUCAUCGGAGGUCAAGAAAACAAUCACGGAAUUCCCGACGAACUUUAUCACCUAAUAAACCUACAACAUCCCGGUUUGAUCCGCCUCGAAGAAGAUACUCAGGGGAUUUACGAUCACGGAGAAAUCGUUGAUCAGGGAUCAUCGCACCUGCCCCCGGAGUACCACGACCACCGAUUGCAUCCCGGCGGAGUCGCGGGAUCGAAAAAUUACGGGGAUCAACCGAGCAACGGUUAUUUGCAGAUUCAUCGUGAUUCGGCAGCCGAGUUGCCGCUCGGAGUUCACCAGCAAAUACAAGAUCUGUUGAUGCACGUUGGGAACAAAGAUCCGAAUCCGGGACCAUUUAUACGUUACCCUCCGCAUCAAGAAACGACAAACAGACCGAAUCGCGUUAUCGUACCCCAACUAGUACUACCGCACAAUCCCCAAACGCAGCCCACGCGACUGAAUCAUCCGUUCCCAGGGGAUAUGACGACAAAUCCUACGUUUCAUGAUCUCCAUACGUUGACAGCAGGUCUGGAUCACGGCCUUCCUCUCGGAUUCCCGAUACACGGCGGUCACGGAGUUCAGUCAUCUUCGGACCAGGUCACGGUUCGAAUUCUGGAAGCGAUAGCCGACGACCGCGUCAGACUCGUUUUCACGGUUCCCCGUGUCCUGGUCGGACUCCACGGAAGGGUUCAAGUACGAUACACGAGCGAUCGUAACAAGAAUUCGGACCCUUCGACGUGGAAGUCGCAGGUGUUCGCGCCACCCGACGAUUUGAUAGCGACGCCGCAACUCGAGUUCGAAUUGGGCGGCCUGAGACCGUCGACGGUCUACAGAGUCAUGGUGACGGUGAAGCUUCGCGAUCUUGCGAACAGUCCGUCGAGCGAAAUAAGGGAAGUCACGACGUUCGAGGCGUCGGAACCGGAGGUAACGCUUCCGCCCCAGGUACCAACGGAUGCCGAACUAGUCGUCACCGAAACUAAUUCGACGUGGGCGAACGUGAUGUGGAAGAAAUUCACCGAAUACGAACUGCAGUUCAUAGACGGCGUACAAUUGAGGUACAAAGAAAUCGAGGGUAAAGUUUACGCCGCAACGCCGCUCAUUCACAGAGCGGUGACCAGCUACGUUAUAGAAAAUUUGAAACCCGAUGUCACAUACGAAGUCGGUAUUUAUUUCAUACCGUUCCCUGGACAGCCAACGGAACUCGUGAGCGAAAGAACGCUCAAUUUCACAACGAGCUCGGAACCGGAUCCGUAUUCCUUCGCCAUAAAAGUGGAGAUCAAGGGGAUAAAAGCAACGGAAGUCGAGGUCGCGUGGAAGGGUGUUCCGUACCCCGAGGAUAAAUACGUGAAUAUAUACAGAGCGAUCUAUCAGAGCGACACGGGGAAGGAGGAUACCUCGACGUUCAAAAUAGCCAAGAGAGAUUCACCUGACAGAACGAUAAUCGGUGACCUGAAACCAGGAACACGAUAUCGCCUGUGGAUCGAAGUUUACCUGACAAACGGAAGAAUAAAAAAGAGCAACGUCCAAGAUUUCGUCACGAAACCCGGAGUGCCGACGUCCGCUGGUGUCGUUCAAGGAAAAUCGGAUAACCAGGUGCCGCAACACGAAGGUGAUUAUUACGGCCCGCUGGUAAUCGUGGCGAUCGUUGCGUCGUUGGCUAUAUUAUCCACGUUGAUAUUGCUAAUGCUGCUUAUGAAACGAAGGACGAGCAGCAAAGCGGAUAUUUCACCUAGAAAAACGACGUCCGCCUACGACAAUCCCUCCUACAAGACUUGUGAGGGUGUAACAACGAUAGCGAGCCACCGGAAAUCAGUAGAAAAUCCGGGAAUAUGUGAAUACUCCCCUUCGCACAACAAUAAUGACGAUGACGAUCAUCGCGAUUCGAAGCAAGGAGAAGGAUAAUCAAUGUAUUAUAACCUUACGACCUUCGCCGCGAUGGUCUUCCCAGCGUCGCGUUAAUUUAUUGGACUUGGAUCCAGCGAUCUUUACAUCAUACCAUAGAUAUAUCGAUCAUACGUAUAUUUAUUUAUUUCUGUUGUCGCGCAACGUCCGAUUUGUUGUAGAGAGCAUUCAGGGAGUACCAAGUCGGAUGUUCGGAAUGCAGCUUCAAAUUGUUUUAUCUUCAUGUUAUUUGAUAGUGAUAACCCAACAAUUGUAUAUAUUACACGUAGAGAGUUACAUUAUUAUUAUUAUUAUUAUUAUUAUUAUUAUUAUUAUUAUUAUUAUCAUCAUCAUCAUUAUAAAUGAAUGUAUUAUUAUAAACAAAUAAGGCAUGUAUAUCUUUAACAUCGAGUGUCGAAUAAAAAAAGACGUUUCGUGUA